GCCCUGUUAGUCGUUUGUUAUUAAAAAUUCUUUUAAUCAACCAUUAAACUCAACAAACUACCUAUGUAAAGAAUUAAGGUAGGCUAAAAAUGCUAUAAACUUCGUAUUAAUUUCCAUACAAGUCACAGUUUAUAAUUAGUCUAGGAAUACAAUUGACCAAAAUUAUAAUAAGAAUAAAGUGCUUUUACAUAAAACUACCUAAAGUUGUUCUAAAGAUAUACUUAGGAUGUCAAUGAUUUUAAGGAACUUACUUCGCACCAGACACUUGUCCAGAUAUUUUUCAUGUUCAAGUACUAGCAAAAUGUUAUCUACAACUCUAUCUACAAAUGAGGUGUCAGUUGAAGUUCUUGAGGAGGCAGACUCAGGAGUAAUUGUUUUUGGCUUGAAUAGGCCUUCAGCUCGUAAUGCUCUAGGCAGCUCCUUAACAUCCUCAUUGAUGAAUGCUGUUGAGAAAAUUCAUUUGGACCAAAACGCUCGUGUAGUGGUAUUGAGAAGUUUAGUUCCAGGUGUAUUUUGUGCCGGUGCGGACUUGAAGGAAAGAAUCAAACUUUCUAAUCAUGAGGUCAGUGUCAUGGUAGGUAGAUUAAGCGCUUUGGCUACAGCUAUAGAAAAUAUUCCUAUCCCAACGAUAGCAGCAAUUGACGGUUCUGCUUUUGGAGGUGGCUUAGAGAUAGCAUUAGCCUGUGAUAUGAUUGUGGUUUCAGAAAACGCUAAACUUGGGCUGGUAGAAACAAAGUUGGCUAUUUUGCCAGCAGCUGGAGGUACUCAAAGACUGACGAGGCUUAUUAAUCCUGCAGUCGCCAAAGAACUUAUUUAUUGUGCUAGAAUAUUCAAUGGCAGUGAGGCCAAAGAUUUUGGACUAGCUAACCAUUCUGUAAAACAAAAUUCCUCGUCUGAUGCUGCUUUUCAAAAGGCUCUGGACAUUAGUCGACAAAUUAUAGUGAAUGGACCUCUUGGUGUGAAGAUGGCAAAACUUGCAAUCAACAAAGGUCUUCAAACUGAUAUUCAGACCGGUUGUAAGAUUGAACAGCUAUGUUAUGCCCAGGUCAUUCCGACUAAAGACCGAAUUGAAGGUUUAAAGGCCUUUAAAGAAAAUAGAGCUCCAAACUACAAAGGUGAAUAGACAAUGAAUUAAUAAGUUUAUUAGAGAAGAUAAUUUUAUAUUUGAAGAAAAGGUAAGCUUUCUGUACUUGGUGACAUAAUCUCCAUUUUUACUGUUACUAUACAGUAAAAACUUACUUCUUUUUUAUUAAUUGAAAUGUGAUUCUUACCAGUUUCACUCAUCUUGAAACUCAAGUUUCAACGGGGUAGUAGUUGUAGAUAAGUUGUAUAUAUUUAUAGGGUUGACUUGCAUAUGACUUGAAUAACUUGUAGGCCCUUCUACCAAUUGAAUUUGUUGUCAAAAUAUACAUUUGGUUUAUUUUAUCAGCUAAAUCAUCUUUACUUGGGAUUUGCCUUUGAGGUUGACUUUAGAACUAUGAUGUUGUAUUGGCUAUUUUUUCAUUCACUCUCAAAUUUAAACAAUCUUCUCAAUUGUAUUAUUUACAUUCUGUACAGCAAUAUUAGCUGCUUCAAUCAACUGAAACGUGAAAAAUCAUCAUCGCACCAAUACUUUUUGCUACCGGAACUAGUUAGUUUCCCAAGCUAAUAACUGUCAGCCACUGAUCUAAUUUUACUAUCCUUCGAUCUUGAGUAUGCUAUAGGUAUCGUGGUUUUUGCAUGCAGCAUCCAAUUUAUUUAUGCCUGGAUCACCUCUUGCUAAUCUUUUCCUUAAAUUCAUUCCAGGUCCACAGCACAAAAGGACGCCUGAGUAAAAAAUGGCAGUCGUUCAAAGAUUCAAAAUGGCAUAUUCAAGAAAUCUUUAAACGGCUGCCAUUUUUUACUCAGUCGUCCUUUUGAGCUUGAAUUUACGGUUUUGAAAUCUACUAGUGAAGACCUUUAAUUUGAUGUGCAUAUCGACCUAUGCUUCUAUUUAAGGUUUCCUUCUGACUCCUUGCGGGACGUCCCCAUGAUAUGAGAGAAAAUUGAUAGUUUCUUAAAAAAGUAGAUUUUUAGGUGUGGUGUUGAUGUGCAAAAUCUUAUUGAUUUAUCUGUUGUAGUUUAGAAAAUAUUAAACCGGUCCGGGACUUUUGGGACAGUCUGUAUAGUUGUAUUAAUAGUCAAAGGCAAUAGCCAACAUGACCAAUCCUUAUACUUAUGACAAAUUGUAUAUUAAUAUGGUUAAUUAUUGUAUGAAGAUGAGAUAAUCAACACAUUGUUGCCAAUUAUAUUUUAUAAUAGAAUAAAGUUAAGUGUAGUGCUUUCAAGUUUUAAUAUGCCGAUUUGUGACAAAAAUAUGUUAUGUUUUACAAGUUGUCAUUUCAGUUUGACUAAGUCAAAAAGUUGGAAUAUUUGAACAAUUAACAGUAGCAAACUCUGACGGUGGCUGAAAUCAAACAUUUCUGUUAAUUCUAAAAGUGGCUACAGCUUUGGGAUGUCUAGUUUCAUUAAUAGUCAAAAGAUACCGUCCAUAACUUAUCUCAAAAGUCUUAAUUAGCUUGAUCUUAACAUUUGGCUUAGCCUCAGUCUUUGAGAUAGGCCUUCUCAAAAAAGGUUGUUUUUAGACUAGUAAUAAAUAAUUGAAACCUGAAACAUUGCUCAAUGUAGUUAUUAGUUAUGAAAAUUGCUCAUACAACUUACACAUUGUACCUGAUUUAAAUAACGUAUACACUUGUUAUAGACUAUAGACCAUCAUGAUUUUAAAUUUUUCAUUGUGUUUAAAUGUCUUUUGAUUUUGUUACGAUUUUUAUAAGGAAACAGUGAAAAAUGUUAAUGUUAUUGUUGAUAAAAUUACCCUAACUUUCUCCUAAUAAAUUUAAAUACACCAUUGUAUCAUAAAAUUAAUAUUAUUGAGUAUUGACUUGAAUUUUAAGAUGUGUAACAAUCGAUAUUAUACUUAGCCCUUGGAUUCCUUUAUAACAAAAUAGGCUAUUUUACCUCCAUCUGCUGAUGGCAAUUUUGGACUACAGACGGAGAUAAGACCUCCGAUAGAUAGCUUUAUUUGGCUUACGGUUUAAGCUAUUAGUAAUAAACACACUGCUCUAAUUUAAUAUAUACUUUUGUCUUUUGCCCUUUUCUUAAUACAGUACAAUGUGCCAACUGGAUUAGGAUAGGAAAGGAUUACUUUUUGUUUUUGAACCACUAUAUUAUAGAAUCCAGUUGAAUGUUAUUGACAGGGUAAACAUCUUAAUUAAACUGCGCACAUUAUUUGUAAAAUAGCUAUAAGGAUUUUAAAUUGAUAUUUAUUGUGAUAAAGUGUUAUGAACAUCUUUUGUAAGACAAUAAACAAUUAUUUUUUGGUA